CUUUUGUGUUUAUAUUUUGUUUUCUGCUUGAAUAUUCUUUUUAAUUUUGGAAUCAAAAACCUAAAGACGUGUUGAGCUGUUACCACAUCUUCCCCCCUCUGUAUAUCAAUCACUAUCUAUCUCUCUCUUUUUUCAAGCACAAACGCAAACACGCCCGUUUGUUCUGCUUCUCUCGUGACGUUUAAUAAGACCUCUUUUUGCAAGCUGUAAUUGAAUGGGAGGUGUUUUGGACUGAUUCCCCCACACAAACCCGAGCUUUAGCUAUCUCUCUCUCUCUCUCCCUCUUAACACAGUUCUCGUAUAAGUUUUCGCCGAAUGUCACCAUGUUCUAGAGACGCCUCGCUCGGCCUUCUACUGUCUCCCCCUCCACGCGGCUGCAUUUCCUUCAGUUCUCAUUUUCUUUCCCUUCUGUUUCUCUGACAAUGACAAUGAGAUCAAAGGCAUAGCCUUUCUCUUUCUGGGUUUGUUUGUUUAUUAGCUUAGUCUUUGAAACCAAGUGGGUGGAGGGGGUCUUGUCGUGAAACUGUGAGAUCGGGCUCCCAAGAAUGGCACCCUCGUUCCAUUGGUGGGAAAAGGAGAAGCACAAAGGUACGCCGGUUGUGGUGAAGAUGGAGAACCCCAAUUGGUCCAUGGUCGAGCUCGAGGGUCCUUCAGAAGAUGACUUUCUUAUUACCACCACGGACUCGCCUGUGUCGGGUCGCCCAAAGGACAAGGGCCACCGGGGGGGCAAGAACGCGAGGCAGCUCACCUGGGUCCUCCUCCUCAAGGCCCACCGCGCCGCCGGCUGCCUCACCUCCAUUGGCACAGCAAUGUUCGGCCUCGCCGCGGCGAUCCGACGCCGCGUCGCCUCGGGUCGGACUGACUCCGAGAAUGACAACGACGACAUCCAAAAUGACGUCGUCGUUGGCGGUGGAAGAGAGAAGGAGAACCCCACCGUGAGGACCAGGUUCUACUUUUGUAUCAAAUUGUUCCUCUGGCUCUCGGUGCUUUUGCUGGGGUUUGAGGUCGUGGCGUACUACAAGGGUUGGCAUAUCGGAGCUCCGCAUAUCCAUUUCGACCAGUUGCAGAGCCUGUGGGCAAGGCCAUUGGGGGUUAAGGGUGUGUUCGAGUGGAUUUAUUCUCGGUGGGUUUUGGUUCGGGUGGAGUACCUCGCUCCUCCUCUGCAAUUCCUCGCCAAUGCGUGUAUUGUGCUCUUCUUGAUCCAGAGCGUGGAUAGGCUGGUUCUGUGUCUGGGAUGUUUCUGGAUCCGGUUCAAGAAGAUCAAACCCGUUCUCAAGCAAGACGACCCGGUUAAGGAUCUGGAAUCCGGUGAGAGUAAUGGUUACUUCCCUAUGGUCCUUGUUCAGAUCCCCAUGUGCAAUGAAAAGGAGGUUUAUCAGCAAUCAAUUGCUGCUGUGUGUAAUUUGGACUGGCCGAAAUCGAAGAUUCUGGUUCAAAUUCUUGAUGAUUCGGAUGACCCAACAACGCAAUUUCUUAUCAAAGAGGAGGUGCAUAAAUGGCAGCAAGAGGGUGCCCACAUUGUGUACCGGCAUCGGGUGAUUAGAGAUGGGUACAAGGCUGGUAAUCUCAAGUCCGCAAUGAAUUGUAGCUAUGUUAAAGACUAUGAGUUUGUUGCCAUUUUCGAUGCCGAUUUUCAGCCCACCCCUGAUUUCCUCAAACGCACAGUGCCUCAUUUUAAGGGUAAUGAGGAUUUAGGAUUGGUUCAGGCAAGGUGGUCCUUUGUGAACAAGGACGAGAAUUUGUUAACAAGGUUGCAGAACAUUAACUUAGCAUUCCAUUUUGAGGUAGAGCAGCAAGUGAACGGUGUUUUCAUCAAUUUCUUUGGGUUCAAUGGGACGGCGGGUGUUUGGAGGAUAAAGGCCUUGGAGGAUGCUGGUGGGUGGUUGGAGAGGACCACUGUGGAGGACAUGGACAUUGCUGUCCGUGCUCAUCUUAAAGGAUGGAAAUUCAUUUUCCUCAAUGACGUCGAGUGCCAGUGCGAAUUACCGGAAUCUUAUGAAGCUUACAGGAAACAACAGCAUAGGUGGCAUUCUGGACCUAUGCAGUUGUUUAGACUUUGUUUGCCUGAUGUCAUCAGAGCCAAGAUUAGUUUUUGGAAGAAAUUCAACUUGAUAUUUCUGUUCUUUCUCCUUCGAAAACUGAUACUGCCCUUUUAUUCCUUUACCCUUUUCUGCAUUAUACUCCCAAUGACAAUGUUCAUACCGGAGGCUGAACUCCCUGCAUGGGUUGUAUGUUAUAUCCCAGCCACUAUGUCCUUUCUUAAUAUCCUCCCUGCCCCAAAAUCUUUCCCCUUUAUUGUCCCUUACCUUCUUUUUGAGAACACCAUGUCGGUGACCAAGUUCAAUGCCAUGAUUUCUGGCCUAUUCCAGCUUGGAAGUGCGUAUGAGUGGGUUGUGACCAAGAAAUCUGGGCGUUCCUCUGAGGGUGAUCUUGUCUCCUUGGUCGAGAAGGAGCCGAAGUAUCAACGGGGGGUCUCCGUGCCCAAUCUGGAGGAGAUGAAGGAGGAAAUUCGACAGCAAGAGAAGGCCUCUCGGAAGAAGAAGAAGCAUAACAGGAUAUAUACAAAGGAGCUAGCUUUGGCUUUCCUUCUUCUAACAGCUUCAGCUAGGAGUCUCCUGUCGGCUCAGGGAAUCCAUUUCUACUUCUUGCUGUUUCAGGGGGUAUCAUUCCUUCUGGUUGGUUUGGAUCUCAUUGGCGAACAGGUUGAGUGAACCCAAAAAAACAAGGGGACUUUGAAGGGAUACAUGGAUGAUACAAGUACAGGCAACAUGGGUGGACAAUCUAUCUGAGUACACCAAUGAGAGAAAACAGCUAUGGGGAGAUUGUAGAGGGCUGAGAGUGCUUCCUUUCUUGCAUGCCCUCCACCCUCUAGAUCCCCCCAAUCAGACUCCCACCCAAUACAGGAAAAAAUAAAGUAAUAUGGACAGAGCAGCAACUUUCAUGUUGGAGAGAGAUGCUUUAGGGAAUGGUGAACCUCUUCAACAUGUGUAAGGUUUCAUUCUUCUGUUUUGUAAUUUUGUUUUGUUUUGAUUCUUUUGUUUUUGGGUCGAUUCUUUUGUAUGAAAAGUUGUCGUUCAGAUAUCAAACAGAGAUUUUAGAGUAAGAUUAGCAGAGCACUCCUCUUGGUGCUUUUUCUCUUGUCAAUCACCUGAUAAGGUCGUUAGAUAUUGUUGAUUUCCUGUGGCAGAAAAGUACAAAAUUUAUUCCCUGCGUAGACUGGGUUUCUUAGAUGCUUAAAGGUAAGGUAAAUCCUUAUCCGAUGUUAGUGAAUGAAAUUGUUAGUCUGUUCUCUCA